AUGAAACUGCUAAAAGUGAGCCCCGAAAAAAACAUAGAAUUCCCCCUGGUGCAUUUCCAAGCAGUGACGCAAGUGGUCAAACUAGAAAACAUAAGCGACAGGAAGGUGGCAUUUAAAAUUAAAACCACGGCGCCAAAUAAUUAUCUGGUUCGACCAUCGUUUGGCCUAAUUAACGUGAAAGAAACGAUCGAUAUCCAAAUCAUAUUGCAACCCUUAUCCGAUAAGGACAAUAUCUCUAAUGACAAAUUUCAAGUGCAGUGUCUAAAUGUGGAUGAUGAUACCACUGUCGAUAAGCAGUUCUGGCUUACUGUUAAUAAAAAUGAAAUACAAGACCAUAAAUUGGUCGUUGUGCUGAACGACGAGAGUUCCAGCAAAGGACCGCACUCCUACCUUCCCCCAAACAAUAACCCCCUCUCGGAAAUUAAUAACAAGAGUCACAAUUUAAAUUACGGGGAAAAUAAUUUAAAUGCGGACGAUGCCAAUAUGGCGGAAGGCAUAAAAGGUGGCCUGCCAGGUAUGCAGAGGAAGUAUCACGAACUCCUAAACUACUGCGUUUUUGUGGAUAAACAAAAAGCAGCACUGGAGAAGGAAAACGAAAGUUUGAAAAAUCAACUCAAGGCAUAUAACAGCAACUGUAACAAGCUUUUCGUCGACAAUAAACUCAUACCGAUAAUUAUUGUUAUGUUGGCCGUCGUCACCAAGUAUAUGGGAUAUUGGUAA